CAGUCAGGGAUUGAAAUGGUUAAACUUAACCAUUUUGAAUUUCAGGAUCUAGAAACAAACCAGCUUCCUGCAUUUUGGGACCCUGCAAAACCUCUUUUGAAGGUCCCAACCUUCUCUUUCUUCUCAGUUCUCUACAUCUCUCUUGGUUUUCAAUGGCGCUGCUUCUCAGGAGGCUCGCUCGAGCUGCGCCUCUUGGUCUUGGAGGGCAGCAUACCAGUUGGAAUCAUGGGCGGCGGUUACCUCUCGGUGCGACUGCCGCCAUUUCCGGUGGAAUCGCUCUCUAUUGCUGCAUAUCUUCUCCCACAAUAGCUCAGAUGGAGCAACAAAUUGAAAAAGGAUUUCCUGAUGAAAGAGUCGCUCUUGAUCCUGAAAAAUGGUUGGAGUUUAAGCUACAAGAUACUGCAAGAGUCAGCCAUAACACUAAAUUGUUCAGGUUCUCAUUUGAUCCUGCAGCAAAGUUAGGACUUGACGUUGCUUCAUGCCUUAUUACGAGGGCUCCUAUUGGAGAGGAAUCUGAAGGAAGAAGGAAAUACGUCAUUCGCCCAUACACUCCAAUAUCAGACCCUGAUUCAAAAGGUUAUUUUGAUUUGUUAAUCAAGAUUUAUCCUGAAGGAAAAAUGAGCCAGCAUCUGGCAAGUUUAAAGCCUGGUGAUGUUUUGGAAGUCAAGGGGCCAAUUGAAAAGCUCAGAUAUGCCCCAAAUAUGAAAAAGAAAUUUGGCAUGAUUGCUGGAGGGACAGGUAUCACACCAAUGCUCCAAGUCAUCAAGUCUAUUCUGAAGAACCCUGAUGACAACACUCAGGUGUCACUAGUUUAUGCCAAUGUAUCACCUGAUGAUAUAUUGCUUAAAGCAGAGCUUGAUAGACUCUCAAGUAUCUAUCCAAAUCUAAAGGUUUAUUACACUGUUGAUAACCCAUCAAAGAAUUGGAGAGGUGGUACUGGUUUUGUUUCAAAAGACAUGAUAGCGAAAGGCUUGCCUGGUCCAGCAGAAGACACACUGAUACUCGUCUGUGGCCCGCCGGGAAUGAUGAAGCACAUAUCAGGAGACAAGGCAAAAGAUCGGUCACAAGGCGAGCUCUCUGGCCUUCUCAAGCAACUUGGUUACACAGAAGAGAUGGUGUACAAAUUUUAAUGAGGGGCUUAUGAAACACAAGGAAUGGAAAUCCCACGCUUGCUUUCUGUGAGUUUGAUUUUUAGGUUUACAGGCUGAAUAAACAAUACUUCUGCUAAAUCUUAAUGUGAAAACAAUGUCAUAUUUGCUUCUCAAUAAAAUUCAGAAACUUUUUAAUAA